CCAAAUCUUCCCCUUCCCGUUCUCGAUUUAUCUCCUUCCUCAGUCCUAGCAGUUUGUCGCGCCUCAUCAUAGGCGACCUCGCCGCUGGUGACUUGAAGCCUGGCCUCUUCCGACUGAAGUCUUCUCUCGUCAGCAAGCGUCGCCGUGCUCCUCCUUCUGCCCUCUACUGUAUGUACUGGACUGGCGUUGAGUGCAGCCGAAGAUCAUAUUGCAGAAAUGAGUAAGCUGGGAAACAUGUUCUCGGCUCUACGCCUAGAUGCUGAAAUUAGUGGAGAAGAUGACAGACUUGAAGUUGCCCAGGCAUCUUCCAGCGCAGAAGAAACUGCUUCCAGGGAACGAGAUAAAACGCAGAAUGGCACAAUCGUAGUAAACUAUGAGGAAGGGACACUUGUUUCGUCAUCUGGUGAUUACAAGAUGCCUUUAGUAUGGAUAGACCUGGAAAUGACUGGUUUGGAUAUUACAAAAGAUCGGAUUUUGGAGAUUGCUUGUAUUAUAACGGAUGGUAAACUUACAAAACAAAUAGAGGGUCCUGACUUGGUUAUAAGCCAGAGCAAAGAUUGUUUAGAUAAUAUGGAUGAAUGGUGCAAAACUCACCACUCAGCUAGUGGUUUGACGGAAAGAGUACUGCAGAGUGAACUUUCUGAGUGUGAUGCAGAGUCACAAGUGUUAGAUUUUGUUAGGAGGCAUGUAAGUUCAGGCACUCCACUGUUAGCUGGGAAUUCUGUUUAUGUGGAUUUAUUGUUUCUGAAGAAGUAUAUGCCACAGCUUGCAGCCAUCUUCUCUCAUGUAACUGUCGAUGUGAGCAGUGUAAUGGCUUUAUGUGUCCGAUGGUAUCCCAAAGAAAGGAAGCAAACUCCAAGGAAGCAAAAGGCCCACAGGGCAAUGGAUGAUAUUAAAGAAAGCAUCGCUGAACUAAAGUACUACAAGGACAACAUUUUCAAACCACAGAAAUCUAAGCGGUAGCCGCAUGGGUGAAGUCUGCAGCCACCUUGUUGAGUAGUUGAAUCAACUGAUAGCCAGAAUUGGAGGGGAAAUUUCAGGUUAAAAGUCUCAUGCCUCGUUGAGCUCAUAUGCAAGGGUUCCACUUUGAUGUUCUGUAUAUAUUAUUUAGUGUUAGGACUUCAGGCUUAUUGUUCGGUUGGAUUCCGAACACUACUAAUGCUAAAUGAACCUCCUUGUUACUGCAUUGCGUACAUAUAUAGAUGUUCAAAAUUACUUUGCUACUCCCUAUGAUAAAUGACAUGGUGUCAAUGAUGGGCUCAGACCUCAGAUGCUGCCUCAACGUACGGUGUGCCCCUGUAAGUGUGUGAUAUACACUGAAGCAUCCUUCUAUGUAACUUGAGGGGCUGUGCAAUUUAGUUCUGCUUCACUAGAUAAGAGGUGCACAUAGUUUUAUUGAUGUAAACAAUGAGUAUGAGCAUUUCCUACAAGAUUCAUCUUUAACAAUGCAAA